GACCGCUCCCAGUGGAGAUGCUCAACUACGCUCGGUCGGACACGCACUUCCUGCUGUUCAUCUACGACCAUCUGCGGAACGCACUGCUCGAUCGCGCACAAUCGCGGGCGCAAAGCCCGUCCACCGCUUCAGAGCCCGCGCCGAGCACGUCGAGCGCCGUCAACCCGUCUCAUGCGCUGGUGCGCGAGGUGUUGUCGCGCUCGGAGGAGACGGCGCUGCGCGUGCUCGAGCGCGAGGUGUACGACGCCGAGGGCGGCUCGGGCCCGGCAGGCUGGGACACGCUGGCGCGCAAGUGGAACAAGGGCGCGCUCAUGGCAGGCGAGCGCGAGACCGUGCGGAGGCGGAUCUACAAGGCGGUGCACGCGUGGCGGGACCGUGCUGCGCGAGAGGAGGACGAGAGCACGCGGUAUGUCUUGCCGAAUCAUUACCUGUUCGUGCUCGCAGAGCAGCCGCCUGCGGACAUUGCAGGGCUGCUGUCGUUGUUUCAGCACGUCCCGCCUGUCGUGCGGCGACGUGCAAAGGAGCUGUUUGAGGCAAUACGACAAGCCGCCGCCGUAAGCAGCGAAGAAAGUGUAGUGCCUACGCCCACCGCUCCACAGGCUCCCCAGGAACCGAUACAGGUCGAUGACGCGAGCUCAACACAAACCGGCGAGACACUUCCCACCGAUAAGGCAUCCAUGCUAUGGUCUUCAGGGACUGCGCAGAGAAUGACGGUGUCAUCUUCCUUGUUUGGAAACACGAUUAAGAGUGUCACCAAGGCCACGGGACCGGCGCACUUGACAGCUUCUCGAAGCAGCCUGUUCACAAUCAAUGGAUCGUCGAGCGCAGCGGAGCUGCACAGAAAGCGGCUCCAGGACGUCGUAUCGCGCAUACAUGGCUCGCUCGCUAUCGCUCCAUCCGUUCCAAAGAUCGUGGCACCCGCAGCAGCCGCCGUAGCCGAGCAAGCGGAGGAAGUGCCCGGGCAGGUGGAGAUGCCUUUUGUGCCGGCGAGCGAGCGCCAGGAGACAGCGCGGACGGUCACCGCGGAGACGGCGAAGGAUUCUAUUGUCGUCGUGGGCCAGUCGCAGCGCAAGAAGCGGAAACGGGUCGCGGCUGUCAAUGUCGAGAGGGAAGGCGAGGUGGAGGAGACGUUCGACUACUCGACGGUCUCGAACAUCCUCGACGAGGGAUCUGACCACGAGCCCGAAGCUGUAGGCGGCGGUCGCAAGCGCAGGCAGAAGACGCAGGGCCGCUUCGACUAUGGCGGCUUCCGCGCGCCACCCAAGGCGCACAGCGAAGUCAAGUCUGGAAACCAGUCGCGUACGUUCAAGUAGCGGUCCGUCCGUCGCCAGCGUGACUUGCGUCCGUGCGCGGCGCCGGAAACCGCAGCGGUUUCUGGAGGGAUCUAAUGUUGUGUGCCUUUUGGACGCUAUAAUAGAUUUGUGCUAUUUUUAGUCCGAUCU